AUGGCAAAAACUUAUGUGAAAUCCAAGGAGAUAGUGGAGCUGGUCAACACACAGUCUUUCACUGACAAAGGUCUGGGCCCUCAAAAUGAGAUGAAGGGAGAGGAGAGAAGGCCUGGUGCCUAUGGGUUGCUUGGAAGCUUGACUGAAGAGCAUGAAAGUAUUGAAGAGGAAGAGGAGGAGGAAGAAGAUGGGGAAAAACCGAAGAGAAGAGGUCCCAAGAAAAAGAAGAUGACCAAAGCACGCCUUGAGAGAUUCAGGGCUCGAAGAGUCAAGGCCAACGCUAGAGAACGAACCCGGAUGCAUGGCCUGAACGAUGCCCUGGACAACCUCAGGAGAGUCAUGCCAUGUUACUCUAAAACCCAGAAGCUUUCCAAGAUAGAGACUCUCAGACUGGCUAGGAACUACAUUUGGGCUUUGUCUGAAGUGCUGGAGACUGGACAGACACCUGAAGGGAAAGGUUUUGUGGAGAUGCUCUGUAAAGGGCUCUCUCAGCCCACUAGCAACCUGGUGGCUGGAUGCCUCCAGUUGGGCCCACAGUCUAUCCUCUUGGAGAAGCACGAGGAGAAAUCUCAGAUUUGUGACUCUGCCAUCUCUGUCCACAACGUCAAUUAUCAGUCUCCAGGGCUUCCUAGCCCUCCUUAUGGACAUAUGGAAACACAUCUUCUUCAUCUCAAGCCUCAAGUAUUCAAGACUUUGGGAGAGUCAUCAUUUGGGAGCCACCCCCCUGACUGCAGUACACCCCCUUAUGAGGACCCACUCACUCCACCCCUGAGCAUCAGUGGGAACUUCUCCCUGAAACAAGAUGGCUCUCCUGACCUGGAAAAAUCCUACAGUUUCAUGUCACAUUACCCCUCUGCAAGUCUAAGCUCAGGGCAUGUGCAUCCAACCCCCUUUCAGGCUGGUACUCCCCGCUAUGAUAUUCCCAUAGACAUGUCCUAUGACUCCUAUCCUCACCAUGGCAUUGGGACCCAACUCAAUACAAUCUUCACUGAUUAA